CUAACGCUUAGAACCGACUCCCCGAGUAUAAAGUCCCUAAACAUCAGUUCAGAUGCCGUUUUUCUUUGCUACUGCGAGAGAGAAAGGAGAGGAAAGAUGCAGAUUUUCGUGAAAACGCUGACCGGGAAAACCAUAACUCUCGAGGUAGAGAGCAGCGAUACCAUCGACAAUGUCAAGGCCAAGAUCCAAGACAAGGAAGGAAUCCCGCCGGACCAGCAGCGAUUGAUUUUCGCUGGGAAGCAGCUUGAAGAUGGCCGAACUUUGGCCGAUUAUAACAUCCAGAAAGAAUCAACCCUCCAUCUUGUGCUGAGGCUUAGGGGAGGAAUUAUAGAGCCUUCUCUUAUGGCUUUGGCUCGCAAGUACAAUCAGGACAAGAUGAUCUGCCGCAAAUGUUAUGCUCGUCUGCAUCCAAGGGCUGUAAACUGCCGGAAGAAGAAAUGUGGUCACAGCAAUCAGUUGAGGCCUAAGAAGAAGAUCAAGUAAACUCUGAUGCAGAGUGCAUUUUGGGCCUUUGAAUAUUCAAGUGUUAGAUUUCUUAUUUGAACUUUCUGAUUGAUUUAAAUGUCAGUUUGGGAUCAAUCAAGCUUAUUAUGCGGAAAACUUUUAUCCAAUUCUGUUAAUUUUAGCAGUUACCUUGUUUUUGAAA